UUAAAAACCAGACAACAGAGGGAGCAACAAGACAGAACAACAAAUUCAUUAUUUUUCCCAUUUCCUAGUAAAGACUUGAGUUUGCGUUCAGUUCAGAUGAAGGUCGAUCGAUUUUGUCUUUACUUUUAUUUCCUCUCUCUCUGAAUCUUUCCCUGACUCUUUCCCUCACUCACUCUACAACAAUAUAUAAAAUGAAUUACGAUGAUAAAUAUUUUGUGAGAAUAAGUGAAAACUAAAUGCAAAAGGAAGAUAAAUCUUCCGGUGCGUAAAAGCACAGGUUGCACUGUUCAGAGUUUCAAUUGUCGAUCAGAUGAUUCAGUGGAAACAUACAAAAUCCAUGAGUCAACUUGAAAACUGGCAAAUGUUGAAAUAAUUUCUCCACAAUUGCUAUUCUCAUUUCUGAAUCUCUCCUUUUGCCUCAUUUUUUGCUCUGUGUCCAUAAAUAUCGUUGUAAUAUUUAUAUAAACAUAUUUUCAUUUCAUAUAACAUCUGAUUUCCCAUGUUUCUGUUGCAUUCACACAUUCGAUGGACUUGAAUAUCCAGUAAAACAGUAAAAUUAACACACACUUGACUCUUUUGAUUAGUAUUGCAAGUCUAUAAAAAUACAACUCUCAAUCCUUUUAUACUAAUGUGUUAACCAUAUUGAUAAAUACACUUACCUUUGUAAUCCACCUCUUGAAAUGAACACUUAACAUCACAACAAUAAUCAUCAUCAUCUUCAUCCAUAAAAACCAUUCAAUGAUGAUUCUGUGUUUCCCUAUUUCUGGUUUGUGAUUAAACCAAACACAUUAUUAACCAGCAUUGACAAAUAUUAAUUUACCCUGGUAACUGUAAUCAACAUCAAUAACUCAUGUUUCCAUUAAUUGUUUCCCAUCUUUAUCAUCAACCACUCUGAAAAUCAUCAUCUGUCUGUAAAGAUGAUGGUAGUUGAUUGUUACCAUUCAAUUGAAUAGUUAAUUUCCAUCUCAAAAUUAAAACCAUUUACCAUUGUUUCAACACAAUUUAAUUCAAUUAGUUGAAUACAAAAUUCCCUGUUAAUCCAGUCUUCUUCUUCCCAUUAAUCAUAUUUAACAAAGAUAACAACUAAUCACCAUUUAAACCCUUCUAAUCAUGAGCCAAAUGAUUAACUCAGCAAUAUUAAAUCUUGGAAGAAAAUUAUCCUCCAGUGGAGUUGAUACCAAAAUGAGAUUCUCAAUUGAACCCAUUCCAGGAGAUUCUGGUUUCAAUCAAUGGCAUGAUGCAAUGAGAAUGGUUGCUCGACUUCCUGGCGGAAUACCAAAUGAGUUUAGGAAAAAGUUAUGGUUAACCUUGUCUGAGCGAUUCAUUGAAAGUCGUAACAUUAAUUGGAGUAAAACGUCCAAAUUUUGUUUCAAUGAAAAAUGUAAUCCUGAAGAUGAUUCCCUUGGAACUCAGAUUGUCAAGGAUCUUCAUCGAACAGGUUGCAGUCUAUUCAGUGGUGAAGACUCUGAACAUAACCAAGCUCUUCUCAAGCAAGUUUUACUUGCCUUUGCCCGUUGGAACAGAGGAGUUGGCUAUUGCCAGGGAUUCAACAUGUUGGCAGCAAUAAUACUUGAAGUGAUGAACUGGGAUGUCGAUAAUUCCUUGAAGGUUAUGAUUUACCUGAUUGAAGGUGUUCUACCAACAAGUUAUUUUGCCAACAACUUGAGAGGUUUAUCAGUCGAUAUGGCAGCUUUCCGUGAUCUACUUCGACUUCGAUUACCUCAACUUUCAAAGCAUCUGGAUAAACUUCAAAAUGAAGCUCAAGAUUUAAGCACUGGAGCCAGUUAUGAGCCACCUUUGGUCAACGUUUUCACCAUGCAAUGGUUUCUAACGUUAUUUUCAAAUUGUCUUCCCAAACCUUUGGUCCUCCGAAUUUGGGAUUUAAUAUUUUUGGAAGGAAAUGAAAUUCUUAUCAGAACUGCCUUAGCAAUUUGGGAUUGUUUACAAGAUCGAAUCAUCAAUGUUGAAAGUGCUGAUGAAUUUUACAGCAUCAUGGGAGUUUUAACACGAGAAAUGAUGGAGUUUGGAGUCAGAGAUACAAAUGAACUUGUCAAGACAAUUUGUACAAUGGCACCAUUCCCGUUUCCACAAUUAGCUGAUUUUCGGGAAAAAUACACCUUCAAUAUAAGGCCUUUAACCUCUUUGGUCAAGAAAGGAGUUAAUUUGUUUUACAGUGAUGAGGAAGAAGAUGAUUCAACUACCGAUCCAAUUAUGGUGGCAAGUUGGUGUUUGUCCAAUGCUUUUAGUGGAGAUCGAAGUCGAGAACGAAGUGGAAGUCGAGCAACAUCACCUUCAACACUUGAUGGUUUCAGUAAUAGUCUAUCGAUGAUUGGAACGACAAUUGGCACUAACUCAACAAAUUUCCUCUCUUCUGCCAAUAUUGACCCUCAACGUAUGAGUCUGGACAUUUCACUUCUUAAAAAGCAAUACAUGAAACUAAAGGAGCGUCAAAGGCAAGCUCAUAUCAUUUUAAUUGAGGGAUUCCAAAACGCUCAAACAAAUUCAGUUUCCCGGAAACAAUCGAUGACAGUGAACCAUUUAUUGCAAGGUAAAACUGCUCUAAUUGCCAAGCGACCUAGAAAACCCUGUUCAGUUCGUCAACCCACCAUUGGAAGUGUAGCAUCUGCAAAUGGAUCUGGACGCUGUCCAGGCAAUAAAAAAUUUCUCACCGAACGAUCAAAAACAGUGGCCAAUCUUGAUCCAAUGUUAAAGCCUGAAAAGAAGCUGACUGUCGAUAGCAAAGCAACAGAAUCAGGAGAGACUCUCUUUUGGACUGAUUUGCGCUCAGAAAGGCAAAAGAAUCGAAUUGCUCGUAAAAUGUCAGAACCUUCAUUAAGCAUAUGCCAUGAGUCGUCCAUUGAAGCCAACAACAGCUUGGACGAACCCGAAGUAGCCUUUAUUGGAUAUUCAACAUCCAGCUCUGGAUUAACCAUUAGCAAGCCAAUCAAACGAUUUGAUGGACCAAAAAAGGAAAGCUCAGUUGAUAGUGAUGACGAUGAUGAUUAUCAUGUCUCGACCAGCUCGUCCAGUAGUAAAAGUAGCAACAGUAUUUUAAGCAGCGAAUGUCAUGAUGAUUCAAGUUCAACCGAGCUGUGUGAUGAUAUUGACGAGGAUGAAGAGGACAACAACAACAACAACAUUAACAAAAACAUUAAGAUUAAUAUGAACAUUAUCAAGAGUUCGGAUGAAUUAAAUACUGAUGAUGGGAAUAACAAUUUAGCUGGUUUGGUAACCCAUUCUGGUUUAUCCAAUCCGAGUGGACAAACCAAUGUAGAAUGGACGGGAAAAUUGAAGUCUAAAAAGCAGGCCAAUGAGAUUGAAUUUGGAGUCGAUAAUGAUUUGGAAAGUGAUAGCAUAAGUGCCAAAAAUUGCCUUAAUAAUAAAAAGAUAUGGAGAAAGGGUGAACCGGUUGAGGAUAAAGUGAUUAACCUUUCAACUGAGGUCUAUCCUUUGGAAACUGCUGAUGAACCUGAAAUUGUUUCCAAACCAAAUUCACAGUUUAUCAAGCCAACCAAUGGAACCGAGUUAAUUGCAGUUAAUCACAUUGAUGAAAUUAAGAAAGAGUUGUCCGAUUUAAGUGUUGAACAGUGUAUACAAAAGCUGAAUGAAAAGAUAUCUUCAUUGAGUUCAACUUGAAUUGUUGAUAAAAUUGUUGAAUCCAAAAAUUUCAUUGAAACCCUUCUAUUCAAUCAAUUAAUCUACAAUUCUCCUAAUUUAAUUGACUUGGACAAUUUGUUUGGUAUUAAUCUGUAAUCUGUAUAUAAGUUUUCAAUAUUUUAUUCAUUUUAAUUGCCUCUCUAUUCAAAAAAAACAAUAUAUUGUGAGUGCGAAUAUUGAUAUUUCAAAUGUAAACUUAAAAGUGAUACAAAAUUGUGAACUUGUUUUGUCCUUCAUAUUAUAUUUAUGACAAUUAACUAUCAUGAUUAAAAUGAUGAUUUGUUUAAA